UGUGUUGGGGGGAGGGAAAGUUAGGAAUAGCCAGUAGAAAUCAUCUGGUAAUGCUGGAGAAAUCUCAGAGAAGGGAUCUAGAGAACGCCAGGGCAGACUCAGAAAGAAUACAGGAGGCAUUUGAGCAAUGACUUGAAGACAGGAAGGAAGGGCUGUGAAGAAAUAAUGCCUCGUAGAUGCCCUUAGAGUAGCAAGUGGAAAGGCCAUGAGGCCUGAUGUGCCCAGUCUGCAGGAAGUGUGACCAAGGAGUGGGAAGUGGUGUCAGGAGCUCAGCGGAUGUCAUAUUGGGUCUUUUAUGACUAUGAUGGUUCCUACUGUGAGGCAACGAGAGGGUCACUGUGAGAUAGGGGUGUCCCUUUUGUCGUAUGGUUGAUGUAGGCUGUGUGGUCUGAUGAUCCUCACUGCUUUCAUGAGAAGGAACUGGAAUAGAGAUGUGUAGACAUCAGUAGGUCAGUUCCUAAGCUUUGGUAGAAACUCCAGGGAGAGCCGAUGACACAGGCUUUGAGAUGCACAGAUUGCAUGCUGCUCAGAAGGCUGAACUGAGAAAAACAUUGGUGCUCUACCUUGCUGUUCACAGUUUCCUGGCUUCCUGCUCCUUCCACCUAUCUGAUAUCUGCUUGGGCCUGGCCAUGAGAACUGGCCAAACCAGAUAAAUCUGCACCUACACAGCAUGCGUGAGAGACGAAGAACACCUCAGGAAGAAAGUGUGACACUUCUUGACAUCUGCUUCAGGAAGCAAGUGCCUGUCAUUCCUGUCUGUGCAGAUUCAUGCCAGCGCUGCACACAGCAUCAGUUGGAACCCCGAUUUCAAGGCCCGAGUGAAGUAUCAUCCGUGGAUGGGACCCACUGUGCUCACACACUCAGAACGAGCUGUCCAAGGAAUGCCCUAAAGAAACAGACGUGUGUUUCACCUGCCAGCCAAGAUGAACAUGGUGAAGAGGAUCAUGGGGCGGCCUCGGCAGGAGGAGUGCAGUCCGCAGGACAACGCCUUGGGCCUGAUGCACCUCCGCCGGCUCUUCACCGAGCUGUGCCACCCUCCAAGGCACAUGACCCAGAAGGAGCAGGAGGAAAAGCUGUACAUGAUGCUGCCAGUGUUCAACAGGGUUUUUGGAAAUGCUCCACCAAAUACAAUGACAGAAAAAUUUUCUGACCUUCUGCAGUUCACAACGCAAGUCUCCCGACUAAUGGUGACUGAGAUCCGAAGGAGAGCGUCAAACAAAUCCACAGAGGCUGCAAGUCGGGCCAUAGUCCAGUUCCUGGAGAUCAAUCAGAGUGAAGAAGCCAGUAGAGGCUGGAUGCUCCUAACAACAAUUAACUUGCUGGCAUCCUCUGGUCAGAAAACCGUGGACUGCAUGACAACGAUGUCAGUGCCUUCCACCCUGGUUAAAUGUCUGUAUCUGUUCUUUGACCUUCCACAUGUGCCUGAGGCAGGUGGAGGCGCACAGAGCGAGCUACCUCUAGCAGAGCGCCGAGGACUACUCCAGAAAGCGUUUGUACAGAUCUUAGUAAAACUCUGCAGUUUUGUUUCUCCGGCGGAGGAGCUGGCCCAGAAGGACGACCUACAGCUUUUAUUCAGUGCAAUAACCUCUUGGUGCCCCCCCUAUAACCUGCCAUGGAGGAAGAGUGCAGGGGAGGUCCUCAUGACCAUCUCCCGCCAUGGGCUGAGCGUGAACGUGGUGAAGUAUAUUCACGAAAAAGAAUGUUUGUCUACGUGUGUCCAGAAUAUGCAGCAGUCAGAUGACCUGUCUCCCCUCGAAAUUGUUGAAAUGUUUGCGGGACUUUCUUGUUUCCUCAAAGACUCCAGUGAUGUUUCCCAAACACUUCUGGAUGAUUUUCGGAUAUGGCAAGGCUAUAAUUUUCUUUGUGACCUCUUGCUCAGAUUGGAACAAGGAAAAGAGGCGGAGUGCAGAGAUGCCCUGAAGGACCUGGUGAGUCUGGUGACCUCUCUGACCACGUAUGGGGUCAGUGAGCUGAAGCCAGCUGGUGUCACCACAGGGGCCCCCUUCCUGUUGCCUGGAUUUGCAGUACCUCAGCCAGCAGGCAAAGGUCACAGUGUGAGAAACAUCCAGGCUUUUGCGGUUCUUCAGAAUGCAUUUUUAAAAGCAAAGACCAAUUUCCUUGCCCAGAUCAUCCUCGAUGCCAUCACGAACAUUUACAUGGCUGACAACGCUAAUUACUUCAUCCUGGAGUCUCAGCACACCCUAUCGCAGUUCGCAGAGAAGAUCUCGAAACUCCCGGAAGUACAAAACAAAUACUUUGAGAUGCUGGAGUUUGUCGUUUUUAGCCUGAACUAUAUCCCUUGUAAAGAACUCAUUAGCGUCAGCAUCCUGUUAAAGUCCAGUUCUUCUUACCACUGUAGCAUCAUUGCCAUGAAAACCCUUCUGAAGUUUACAAGGCACGACUACAUAUUUAAAGAUGUCUUCAGGGAGGUGGGCCUGCUGGAGGUCAUGGUAAACCUUCUGCAUAAGUACGCAGCCCUCCUGAAGGAUCCAGCUCAGGCACUCAGUGAGCAAGGGGACUCAAGAAACAAUAGUUCAGUUGAAGACCAAAAACACUUGGCUCUCUUGGUGAUGGAGGCCUUGACGGUCCUACUUCAAGGGUCCAACACAAAUGCAGGAAUAUUCCGAGAGUUUGGAGGUGCAAGGUGUGCCCACAAUAUAGUGAAAUAUCCGCAGUGCCGGCAGCACGCCCUGAUGACCAUCCAGCAACUGGUGCUCUCUCCCAACGGGGAGGAUGACAUGGGCACGCUCCUGGGGCUUAUGCACUCAGCCCCACCCACAGAACUGCAGCUGAAGACCGACAUCUUAAGGGCCCUGCUGUCCGUCCUUCGAGAAAGCCACCGUUCAAGAACAGUCUUCAGGAAGGUUGGAGGCUUUGUGUACAUUACAUCCUUGCUUGUUGCUAUGGAGAGGUCUUUGAGCUCUCCUCCCAAGAAUGGCUGGGAGAAGGUGAACCAGAAUCAAGUGUUUGAGCUCCUGCACACUGUGUUCUGCACGCUGACUGCAGCCCUGCGCUACGAGCCAGCCAACUGUCACUUCUUCAAGACCGAGAUCCAGUAUGAAAAACUGGCGGAUGCUGUCCGGUUUCUUGGCUGCUUCUCAGACCUCAGGAAAAUAAGUGCCGUGAACGUCUUCCCAUCAAACACGCAGCCUUUCCAGAGACUGCUGGAGGAGGGGGCAGUGUCCGUGGACUCCGUGUCACCGACCCUCCGGCACUGCAGUAAACUCUUUAUCUAUCUAUACAAAGUGGCCACAGAUUCUUUUGACAGUCAUGCUGAGCAGAUCCCUCCUUGCCUGACAAGCGAGUCUUCUCUCCCCUCUCCCUGGGGAACACCAGCUUUGUCCAGGAAAAGGCAUGCAUUUCAUUGCGUUUCAACUCCCCCAGUGUAUCCUACGAAAAGCGUCACUGACCUGAAACUUCAGGUGACAAGCUCACCUCUGCCGAGCUCUGAUGCUGUCAUCAUCCACCCUGGAGCCAUGUUAGCCAUGCUCGACCUGCUGGCCUCUGUGGGCUCAGUGACACAGCCAGAACAUGCUUUGGACCUUCAACUUGCCGUGGCCAAUAUUUUACAAUCGCUGGUACACACAGAGAGAAACCAGCAGGUCAUGUGUGAAGCUGGUCUUCAUGCACGGCUGCUGCAGAGGUGCGGAGCUGCCCUGGCUGAUGAGGACCACUCCCUGCACCCACCCCUGCAGCGCAUGUUUGAACGUUUAGCCUCGCAGGCCUUGGAGCCCAUGGUGCUGAGGGAGUUUUUGCGUUUGGCAAGCCCUUUGAAUUGUGGUGCCUGGGACAAAAAGCUGCUGAAGCAAUACAGGGUUCACAAGCCAAGUUCGCUGAGCUUCGAGCCGGAGAUGAGAAGUAGCGUGGUCACCUCUCUGGAAGGUCUGGGCUCUGAUAAUGUUUUCAGCUCACAUGAGGAUAACCAUUACCGGAUAAGUAAAAGUCUGGUGAAGUCAGCAGAAGGAAGCACUGUGCCCUUGACCAGGGUAAAGUGUCUCGUCUCCAUGACAACCCCUCACGACAUCAGACUUCAUGGUUCAUCUGUGACUCCAGCUUUUGUUGAAUUUGACACAUCUCUUGAAGGCUAUGGCUGCCUGUUUCUGCCCAGCUUGGCUCCCCAUAACGCCCCUACCAGUAACGCCGUCACGACAGGUCUUACCGACGGGGCCGUGGUCAGCGGCAUUGGUUCUGGUGAGAGGUUCUUCCCACCGCCUUCUGGCCUAAGCUAUUCCUGCUGGUUCUGCAUUGAACACUUCAGCUCCCCUCCAAAUAACCACCCCGUCAGACUCCUCACUGUUGUGCGGCGAGCGAAUUCAUCCGAGCAGCAUUAUGUGUGCCUUGCUAUAGUUCUGUCUGCAAAAGACCGGUCCUUAAUCGUUUCCACAAAAGAGGAGCUACUCCAAAAUUAUGUUGAUGAUUUCAGUGAAGAGUCCUCUUUCUAUGAGAUCCUCCCAUGCUGCGCCCGUUUUCGGUGUGGAGAGCUGGUAAUGGAAGGACAGUGGCAUCACCUGGCUCUGCUCAUGAGCAGAGGCAUGCUGAAGAACAGCACCGCGGCCCUUUACAUCGACGGGCAACUGGUCAGCACUGUCAAGCUGCAUUAUGUCCACAGCACUCCUGGGGGCUCAGGCUCCGCAAACCCCCCAGUGCUGAGCACAGUCUACGCUUACAUCGGCACUCCACCUGCGCAGCGUCAGAUCGCCUCGUUGGUCUGGCGCCUGGGGCCCACUCAUUUUCUGGAAGAAGUUUUACCUCCUUCUAGCGUGACUACUAUUUAUGAACUGGGACCAAACUAUGUUGGAAGCUUUCAGGCUGUCUGCGUGCCAUGUAAAGAUGCGAAGUUGGAAGGUGUCACCCCGUCUCCUGUGUCUCUGGUGGCAGAGGAAAAGGUGUCAUUCGGACUCUAUGCUCUGUCCGUGUCCUCCCUAACAGUGGCAAGAAUCCGGAAAGUGUACAACAAGUUAGACAGCAAAGCCAUCGCGAAGCAGUUAGGCAUUUCCUCCCACGAGAACGCCACUCCGGUGAAGCUGGUUCACAAUGCAGCAGGCCAUCUCAACGGGCCGGCUCGCACUAUCGGGGCCGCUCUCAUUGGAUACCUGGGAGUAAGAACAUUCGUCCCCAAGCCUGUCGCCACCACUCUGCAGUACAUUGGAGGAGCUGCGGCCAUCCUCGGCCUAGUGGCUAUGGCCUCUGAUGUGGAAGGCUUAUAUGCAGCAGUCAAGGCCCUGGUCUGUGUGGUCAAGAGCAACCCGCUAGCCAGCAAAGAGAUGGAAAGAAUCAAGGGAUACCAGCUGCUGGCAAUGCUGCUUAAAAAGAAGCGCUCCCUUCUCAACAGCCACAUCCUCCACCUGACCUUCUCCUUGGUGGGGACGGUUGACAGUGGCCAUGAGACAUCAAUUAUUCCCAAUUCCACUGCCUUCCAGGACCUGCUUUGUGAUUUUGAAGUGUGGCUUCAUGCACCAUAUGAACUCCAUCUUUCCUUAUUUGAACACUUCAUAGAACUGCUUACAGAGUCCAGUGAGGCAUCCAAGAACGCCAAGUUAAUGAGGGAAUUUCAGCUGAUCCCUAGGCUGCUCUUGACUCUGCGAGACAUGUCCUUGUCCCAGCCGACCAUCGCUGCCAUCAGCAAUGUGCUGAGCUUCCUGCUGCAGGGCUUCCCUAACAGCAACGAUCUGCUCAGGUUUGGCCAGUUCAUUUCUUCCACUUUGCCCACCUUUGCUGUUUGUGAGAAAUUCGUGGUAAUGGAAAUAAAUAAUGAAGAGAAACCUGACACUGGGGCAGAAGAGGAGUUUGGAGGUCUCGUGUCUGCUAAUCUCAUACUUUUGAGGAACAGACUUCUAGACAUCUUGCUAAAGCUAGUUUAUACAUCUAAAGAAAAGACAAACAUUAACUUACAGGCUUGUGAAGAGCUGGUCAGGACACUGGGGUUUGACUGGAUCAUGAUGUUUAUGGAAGAGCACCUGCAUCCGACCACAGUCACGGCCGCCAUGCGGAUUCUCGUGGUCCUGCUGAGUAACCAGUCCAUUCUCUUCAAGUUUAAAGAGGGCCUCAGUGGCGGGGGGUGGCUAGAGCAGACAGAUUCCGUCCUGACGAACAAGAUUGGAACUGUGUUAGGAUUCAAUGUGGGCAGGAGUGCUGGAGGGAGAUCCACGGUCAGGGAGAUUAACCGGGAUGCCUGCCAUUUCCCUGGUUUUCUGGUUCUCCAGUCUUUCCUCCCUAAGCACACGAAUGUCCCUGCCCUCUAUUUUCUCCUUAUGGCCUUGUUUCUGCAACAGCCAGUGAGCGAGCUGCCUGAGAACCUGCAGGUCAGUGUGCCUGUGACCAGCAGCCGAUGUAAGCAGGGUUGCCAGUUUGAUCUAGAUUCCAUCUGGACAUUUAUCUUUGGUGUCCCUGCCUCCAGCGGGACAGUGGUCUCCUCCAUUCACACCGUGUGCACAGAAUCCGCUUUCCUGCUGCUGGGGAUGCUGCGAAGCAUGCUGAAUUCACCAUGGCAAUCGGAAGAGGAGGGCUCGUGGCUCCGAGAGUACCCAGUGACCCUGAUGCAGUUCUUUCGGUAUCUGUAUCACAACGUCCCAGACCUCUCCUCCAUGUGGCUGAGCCCUGACUUCCUGUGUGCAUUAGCGGCCACCGUCUUCCCCUUCAACAUCCGCCCGUACUCAGAGAUGGUAACAGAUCUGGAUGAUGAGGUUGGGUCUCCCGCAGAAGAGUUUAAAGCUUUCGCUGCAGACACAGGGAUGAACAGGAGCCAGUCCGAGUACUGCAAUGUGGGAACCAAGACCUAUCUGACCAAUCACCCGGCUAAGAAGUUCGUCUUUGACUUCAUGCGAGUCUUGAUCAUCGACAACCUCUGUCUCACCCCGGCCAGCAAGCAAACGCCACUGAUCGAUCUUUUGUUGGAGGCUUCCCCUGAGAGAUCUACAAGAACUCAGCAGAAAGAAUUCCAGACGCACAUUUUGGACAGUGUGAUGGACCACUUGCUUGCAGCUGAUGUGUUAUUGGGGGAAGAUGCGUCUCUGCCUAUUACCAGUGGAGGAAGCUACCAGGUAUUGGUGAACAACGUGUUUUAUUUCACGCAACGCGUGGUGGACAAGCUUUGGCAAGGCAUGUUCAACAAAGAAUCUAAACUUCUUAUAGAUUUUAUAAUUCAACUCAUUGCCCAGUCCAAGAGACGAUCGCAGGGCUUGUCGCUGGAUGCAGUGUAUCAUUGCCUCAAUCGGACCAUCCUGUACCAGUUCUCCCGUGCGCACAAAACCGUCCCUCAACAAGUCGCCCUCUUGGAUUCACUCCGGGUCCUUACUGUGAACCGGAACUUAAUCCUGGGACCCGGAAACCACGACCAAGAAUUCCUUAGCUGUCUUGCUCACUGCCUGAUUAAUCUCCAUGCUGGAAGCAGUGUGGAAGGAUUUGGACUGGAAGCUGAGGCACGCAUGACCACAUGGCACAUCAUGAUUCCCUCGGACAUCGAGCCAGACGGUGGCUACAGCCAAGACAUCAGUGAAGGGCGUCAGCUUCUCAUUAAAGCUGUCAACAGGGUUUGGACCGAGCUGAUCCACAGUAAGAAACAAGUCCUGGAGGAACUCUUUAAGGUCAGCCUGCCGGUGAACGACAGGGGCCAUGUGGACAUAGCCCUUGCCAGGCCACUCAUCGAGGAGGCUGGUCUGAAAUGCUGGCAGAAUCAUCUGGCCCACGAAAAGAAAUGCAUAAGUCGAGGAGAAGCCUUGGUGCCUACCACACAGUCCAAACUGUCCCGAGUCAGCAGCGGCUUCGGUCUGUCCAAGUUGACAGGAUCGAGAAGGAACCGAAAGGAAAGCGGCCUCCACAAACACAGUCCUUCCCCACAGGAGAUUUCCCAGUGGAUGUUUACACACAUCGCUGUUGUUCGCGACCUGGUGGACACACAGUACAAGGAGUAUCAGGAGCGUCAGCAGAAUGCCCUGAAGUACGUGACCGAGGAGUGGUGUCAGAUCGAGUGUGAGCUGCUGCGGGAGCGGGGGCUAUGGGGCCCCCCCAUCGGUUCCCACCUAGACAAGUGGAUGCUGGAGAUGACAGAGGGGCCCUGCAGAAUGCGGAAGAAAAUGGUGCGCAAUGACAUGUUCUACAGCCACUAUCCCUAUGUACCGGAGACGGAGCAGGAAGCCAGCGUGGGGUCUGAGAUCCCAAGUAAACCACCCGAGCCUCCCGAUGAUGCCAUUGCUCAGAAGAAACCUGCUCGGUACCGAAGAGCUAUAAGCUAUGACAGUAAAGAGUACUACCUACGCCUGGCCUCUGGUAACCCAGCCAUUGUUCAGGAUGCAAUCGUAGAGAGCUCGGAAGGCGAAGCCACCCAGCAAGAACCAGAGCAUGGGGAGGACACCAUUGCCAAGGUCAAAGGCCUCGUGAAGCCUCCCCUGAAGCGCUCGCGGUCAGCACCUGAUGGAGGAGAUGAGGAGACCCAGGAGCAGCUGCAAGACCAGAUUGCUGAGAGUGGUUCCAUAGAGGAGGAGGAGAAAACAGACAACGCCACCUUGUUGCGCCUGCUGGAGGAGGGAGAGAAGAUUCAACACAUGUACCGCUGUGCUCGAGUCCAAGGCCUGGAUACCAGUGAGGGGCUACUCCUCUUUGGUAAAGAGCAUUUCUAUGUGAUUGAUGGAUUUACCAUGACUGCAACCAGAGAAAUAAGAGACAUUGAAACCUUACCUCCAAACAUGCACGAACCGAUUAUCCCUCGAGGUGCCCGGCAAGGCCCCAGCCAGCUCAAGAGAACAUGCAGCAUCUUUGCCUAUGAGGACAUCAAGGAGGUCCAUAAAAGGAGGUACCUCCUCCAGCCUAUCGCUGUUGAAGUUUUCUCUGGAGAUGGACGGAAUUACCUCCUGGCUUUUCAAAAGGGGAUUCGGAAUAAAGUCUACCAAAGGUUCCUGGCAGUUGUGCCCUCUCUCACCGACAGCUCAGAGUCCGUGUCCGGGCAGAGACCAAACACCAGUGUGGAACAAGGGUCUGGAUUACUCAGCACUCUGGUUGGAGAGAAGUCUGUGACGCAGAGAUGGGAGAGAGGUGAAAUCAGCAACUUCCAGUAUUUGAUGCAUUUGAACACCCUGGCGGGUAGAUCCUACAAUGACCUUAUGCAGUACCCCGUCUUCCCAUGGAUCCUCGCGGACUACGACUCCGAGGAAGUUGACCUUACUAACCCUAAGACAUUCAGAAACCUGGCUAAGCCGAUGGGCGCACAGACGGAUGAGCGGCUGGCCCAGUACAAGAAGCGCUACAAGGACUGGGAAGAUCCCAAUGGGGAGACCCCAGCAUACCACUACGGCACGCACUAUUCAUCUGCAAUGAUCGUGGCCUCGUAUCUUGUAAGAAUGGAGCCUUUCACACAGAUAUUCUUAAGGCUUCAGGGCGGCCACUUUGACCUGGCAGACCGGAUGUUCCACAGUGUCCGUGAGGCCUGGUACUCCGCGUCAAAACACAACAUGGCGGAUGUAAAAGAACUUAUCCCAGAAUUUUUUUACUUACCGGAAUUCCUGUUCAAUUCUAACAACUUUGAUCUAGGCUGUAAACAAAAUGGCACCAAGCUUGGAGAUGUUAUCCUCCCACCCUGGGCAAAGGGGGACCCACGAGAGUUCAUCCGAGUCCACCGUGAGGCUCUGGAGUGUGAUUACGUGAGUGCCCACCUGCACGAGUGGAUCGACCUGAUCUUUGGCUAUAAGCAGCAGGGCCCCGCUGCCGUAGAGGCUGUGAAUGUCUUCCAUCACCUUUUUUAUGAGGGGCAAGUGGAUAUCUACAACAUAAAUGACCCGCUGAAGGAGACGGCCACCAUCGGGUUCAUUAACAACUUUGGUCAGAUUCCUAAGCAGUUGUUUAAAAAGCCUCAUCCACCAAAGCGAGUGCGGAGUCGGCUGAAUGGAGACAACAUAGGCAUCUCUGUCCCACCAGGAGCCACAAGUGACAAGAUCUUUUUCCAUCACCUAGACAACCUGAGGCCUUCCCUAACACCUGUGAAAGAACUCAAAGAGCCUGUGGGGCAAAUUGUGUGCACGGAUAAAGGCAUUCUUGCUGUAGAGCAGAACAAGGUGCUCAUUCCACCUGCGUGGAACAAGACCUUCGCCUGGGGCUAUGCAGACCUCAGCUGCAGACUGGGGACCUACGAGUCAGACAAGGCAGUGACUGUUUAUGAAUGUUUGUCUGAAUGGGGCCAGAUCCUCUGUGCAGUGUGCCCCAACCCCAAGCUCGUCAUCACGGGCGGAACAAGCACAGUGGUGUGUGUCUGGGAGAUGGGCACCUCCAAAGAGAAGGCCAAGCCCCUCACGCUCAAGCAGGCUCUGCUUGGCCACACUGAUCCUGUCACCUGUGCCACAGCAUCCCUAGCCUACCACAUCAUUGUCAGCGGGUCCCGAGACCGAACCUGCAUCAUCUGGGACCUAAACAAACUGUCAUUCCUAACACAGCUCAGAGGCCACCGAGCUCCCGUCUCUGCUCUUUGCAUUAAUGAGCUAACAGGGGACAUUGUGUCCUGCGCUGGCACAUACAUCCACGUGUGGAGCAUCAAUGGGAACCCUAUCGUGAGUGUGAACACAUUCACAGGCAGGAGCCAGCAGAUUGUCUGCUGCUGUGUGUCUGAGAUGAAUGAGUGGGACACGCAGAAUGUCAUCGUGACGGGACACUCAGAUGGAGUGGUCCGGUUCUGGAGAAUGGAAUUCCUCCAGGUUCCUGAAACACCAGCUCCUGAGCCUGUUGAAGACCUGGAGAUACAGGAAGGCUGCCCUGAAGCACAGAUAGGGCAGCAAGCCCAAGAUGAAGACAGCAGUGACUCUGAAGCAGAAGAGGCCAGUGUAAGCCAGGAUCCUAAGGACACGCCCAGCCAGCCCCGCAGCACCAGCCACAGGCCACGGGCAGCCUCCUGCAGAGCCACUGCCACAUGGUGUACUGACAGUGGCUCCGACGACUCCAGGCGAUGGUCCGAUCAGCUCAGUCUAGAUGAGAAAGAUGGCUUCAUAUUUGUGAACUAUUCUGAGGGCCAGACGAGAGCACAUCUGCAGGGCCCCCUCGCCCACUCCCACCCCAACCCCAUCGAAGCACGAAGUUACAGCAGAUUGAAACCUGGGUACCGGUGGGAGCGGCAGCUGGUGUUCAGGAGCAAACUGACUAUGCACACAGCCUUUGAUCGAAAGGACAACACACACCCAGCUGAGGUCACAGCAUUGGGUGUCUCCAAGGAUCACAGCAGGAUCCUCGUGGGUGACAGUCGAGGCCGAGUGUUCAGCUGGUCUGUGAGUGACCAGCCUGGCCGUUCCGCCGCUGACCACUGGGUGAAGGAUGAAGGUGGCGACAGUUGCUCGGGAUGCUCCGUACGCUUCUCCCUCACAGAGAGAAGGCACCAUUGCAGGAACUGCGGGCAGCUCUUCUGUCAGAAGUGCAGUCGGUUUCAGUCAGAAAUCAAGCGCCUGAAAAUCUCGUCCCCAGUGCGUGUCUGUCAGAACUGUUACUAUAGCUUACAACAUGAGAGGGGGGCAGAAGAUGGGCCUCGGAACUGCUGAGAUGGAGGGACUGGUGAGAGACCACAGCCUAGGGGGCUCUUCACAUCCUGCCGUGGCUCCAAAGGCACUGAAGCAGUCUCCGUUUACACAGCUCUUCAUGAGUGUUUGAAGUGUUGAGUGUAAAGGGAUCAUUGGAUCACGGGUUCCGAGGCCAGUGACAGCACGGGCACUGUGCAGUCAACAGCACAAGAGGAACGAAAGGUGCUCCCAGGAGCACCUCAGACCAGAGUCUCCCAUAGUGUAGCUAUCUCCAAGAGCAAAUUCUGUGCUCCCCAACUGUCUUUAUUGCAUCUCAUUUUUAUAGAGCUAUUCAUCCUUAUUUGGAAAAAUCAACAAAAACUUUUAAAAAAAAGGCUUCUAGAAAAUGGUUGUAAAUCUGACUUCUUUGCAAGCAGCUGUGUAUAUUGUAAAUAGAUAUAAAGGCCUUUUUUUUUCUAAAUAAGGAACUAAUUGCCUGUAACAUGAGACUUCAAACUAAGCCACUAACUCAAUGAACCAUCUAAGGUCUGUCUAACGUCUCUCAAUUAUAAAUACGGGGUUUUUUUUAAUCCUCAAAGACAUUAUCUGUACUAUUUUUUUCCUGUUCAGACCAAGCCUGUGUGCCUGAUAUCAUUUCUUUCAAAGUUGCCCACAGUGUCUCCACUUAAUAGGCUAGUAACCAAAACGAUGUAGCCCUGCUUUAGGGGCCAGCAUGGGAGAAGAGGUCUGCUCGUAAGGUAACGUAAAUAACUGAGCACCAGUCUGAGGCUGUGUACCGCUACAGUGGUGCGGCGCUAUGCCAGGCCCCUUAAACCGAGCUGUGGGCUGUGCAGGCCCAGCACACCUCAGCAGCACACGAUCGAUGUCAGGCGGACACAGCCCGGCCUCAGUUAACGGAAAUAUGUUUGCAUGUUACCCCAAAUUAGCUUCUCUGCAUAGAACAUAACAAGUGUGUGUCUUUGGGGACAUGUGUGUUCUACUACAGCUUAUUUUCAAAAAAAAAAAAAAAAGGUGUACAGAAUUAACAUUUAAACCUUGUAAAACUGGAUCAUGUCAGAAGUGCUUAAAACAAACCUUUACCAUUUAAUGCCAUCUACCUGAAAACAGUGAGAUUUAUACUGUA